UUUGCAAUAGAAACUUUUGCAGAGAUUUCUUUUUGUUUGUUUUAUAAAUCAUUUAAAAGAGAAAAUAUAUCGUUUAAGUAAAAAGACCAUGUCACUUGCUUUAUUUAGCUGUACGUUUAUAUUAAUGCAGCGCGGCUAAUACAGUGGUGCGAACAUAAAAGGUAUGUUUGAAGUCAGGUGGGAAAAACAGGUUACCUCACUCACAUUUAUAUGGAUUUUAAUAAUUAUAAUAAAAAAAGGAAACCAAUUGUUGGCUCUCGUUGAAAACUAGGUUUAAUCGUUCGUUUAAAGUUUCGCAGUUCUCGAAUUUAUGCUGAUUCAAACCAAUUUUGUGAAGAAAAAAAAGUUGCACAUAAAGACAAAUAUUCUUAAAAAUUGUUGUAGUACUUCACCAAAUUGUCAAACUAAUUAUUUUAUGCUUACUGUUCAUUUCCUGAUUUACAAAUGUUUGCAAAUUGCGAGUGUAAAUAGUUUAAAACUAUAUUUUGCGCGUUUCUAAAGCUAAGGUAAAUGGACCAUGAAUAAAACGAAAUAAAAAAAACAAUUAAACACAUGCAUUAAAAGCCAGUAUGUGUAACAGAUUGUGUAAUAGCGUCAGAAAGUUGUUCAGUCUUUCAUGUCUUGUUUUUCCUGGCCGUUGACAUUUGGAGCAAAGGGUUCUGCACGUUUGUGGCGUAGUCCAAUGCGUUACACAUUCUUUCUUGAGCUUUUUCUGCCAUCUAGUGGACAUAAGAGAAUUGUUUUUAUUAUUUUGUUUUAAAGCCAUUUUUAAUGUCAUAUUAACAAACGGGGAUUGUUACAUAGUAGUUUUGUUUGAAAGCGUUACUAAUUCGAGCUAAAGUUGGGCACUGAAGUUUAAUCAUUAUUCUUACUAAAAGUAACACCCAAGAACCAUUAUUCAGUUCUAAAAUCUUUUCCUAUAAUUCCAAACCUUAACUACGCCUAGAAGCUCAAACCAUCUGUUAUGUUUUAAUUAUUACAUUUCUAAUUUAAUUUUGUUCUGUUUAAAUCUAAGUGUCUCUACACUGAAGGUGUCCCGUUUAGCUGGUAAAAUUUUUCUAAGAAAAUUGUGAAUUUUUUAAUUUUAAUUUUUAUUUUAUUUAUCUAAUUGUGUUGUAUUAAAUCAUAUUGUGUGGUGGGUGUCAUUUAAAACAAAUGUAAUACCAUUUUAACCCCAAUGAAAAAUGAUCAGAAAGUGUCUCACUUGACCUAUAUUCAUCCCAAACUUUAUUAUCCUCAGUCUAGAGAUCUAUUCUGAUGAUAUGCUGUUUUUAUUUAUAAAUACAUUUUCCUCAGUUGUUACUUGAAACCUUUUUUGAGAAGUAUAUAAGAUAAAUGAAUCUACUGAUGGAAGUCUUUAGUAUAAUGGGUUCCUAUUUCUUCACAAUGGCACAAACAAUUUCUUUCAGUGGAUCUCUGUGAAGGGAAGGAAAUGCCAUGGGGUGAACUCAGCCAUGCAUCCUCCUAUUACUAUACAACACACCUGCCAUUCAGAGUAAAACAGGUCUUUGCUGGCUUCUCAGGCCUCAUCUCCAGUGUCCCUGUAACUGGUCAUCUAUGACCCUAUUGUCCAAAUCAGAGACCUGCACUCGUAUAAAGCCACACAUGGCACAUGAGCCCUUCAGAAGGACAUCAGCACUCACCAUGAAGCUGACCAACAUCUGCCUGACUCUUCUAGUCUUUAUAAACGCAGUACAUUCAGCAGCUAUGAGAGAUGCAUUUGAAAUGAAUCUGCAUCUUGACCACACUGAUCCAACACAGCUCUCAGAAAUGGAUCUAGCAACAGAGAAAAUUCUGGAUGUUUUACAUCCAAUGGAUCCGACUGCAGAAUGUAAAGACCCAGAAAUUGUCAACUCUGCUGGUGUUUUAAUUGAUCAAGACUUUUCCAAUACAACACCCAAACCAAAUCUGGCAGAUCUUGCAGAUGUUGCUGAAGAGAGAUCUUUUGAGAGUAGCAACUCAGACAGCAGAUUAGCAGAAAGAACAUCAAUCGAAGACAGCAGAGAUGGUGAUAGCGACAAGAGGUUAAAGCUGAGAACAACACUCAGAGACACACACAAGGCAUUACAGGAGCAUUAUGGGAACUCAGCAGAGAGUAUGAGUAUGGACAGGACUGUCAUGGACAUAGACAUGACUGAGGACUCAAACAAACAUAUUAAUGAAGCAACAGUGAUGGAGGACAUUAGUAGUCAGGAAAUGGACAGAUCUGAAGAGAACGGGAGAUACCAACCUCCAAGAACCCGGAAGAUGUUAGAAAAACACAACUCUGACACAAGCAGACACAAUCUGGACUUUAUGAAAGAGAUGGAUCCCAUAAUUCAGAUUUCUGCCGGUAGAAUGAACCUCAAAGGCCAGUCUGGUAAACCACAUGAUACUGAUAAACCUCAGCAGGAGAGCCACAGAAGGGCAAUGGUUUUAGACAGCCCAGAGUCUGUGGACACCCCAGAUAGACCAGACAGUGAAGAACGUGGUGAUGAUGGUCGAGGAACGUAUCAGACACACAUCUCAGGAAUCAAAGCGAAACUGAACUAUGCCGCUGACCAGGACACACUGGACGACAGCAGGGAAUUGGUCGAUCUGAUCCCAGGAUGCACUGAAACAUCUGUUGAACAUCCCAUGGAAGAGAACAACGGUCUGGAUGCCCCUAAUGUGGACCAGAAGAUUCAGAAGGUCUCGAUGAGCUAUCAGAACCAGCUGAGGAAAAUAUGUCCCACUAAGAGAAUACGAGCAUCCAACAACCCAAGAGCACAGCUGGAUUUAGAUAGUCCAGAAAGAGUCAACAGUGAACUUUUGGACAGAGACAUCAGCAGAGAGAUGCUGGAAUAUAUGGUGGUUCCUUUGUAGAGACUUACUUUUUUUGCCCAAUAUCUACCUUUUUGUUGUUGUUUUUUGACAGUGUGAUUUUAAUGUAAAUUUGAACUAAUACAUUUGUUCUUGGUUUGUUUGUUGAACUUGCAUAAAUAAAUCAUUAUUAAUCAGUUUUAA